ACGACCCGGGCCAUUCCGUUGAUUGGAGGGACGACCGUGUCUGGGAGAAGAUUAAGACCGAAGGGUGCUUUCAUCGAGCCGAUGAGAUGAUGGUUAGCUGUGGGACAGUGACUCUCAACCAGGCAGAUUCGCCACAUCCCAAAGUACUUGUGGUCUAUAACAAAAACAUCGGCAUAUAUCAGCUGCCUAAAGGGCGCAAGAACUUUGAUGAGGGUUACCUUCAGGCCGCUCUACGUGAAACAGCAGAGGAGACCGGGGUGGCCGUCGAGCCCUUGCGACUCAGGUUUGGGUCCAGAUCGACGCCACCGAAGCUUCCCCAAGCCCAGGCCCAGAUCAAGCAAGCCGGGUAUGGCGUCGAGGAUAAAUUGACCGGUAUCACAGAGGGCCUUAGCAACGAAAGCAUUGGAGUUAGUGAAUAUCCAGAUCCCGCUACCGGGGCCUGGAGACAUAUCUACUGGUUUGCGGCAAAGCCACAGGGGGAUCUCGAGCGCGACGAAAGUCUAAUGACGGAGGAAGAGGAUCGAAACAAGUUUUCGUCAUUCUGGUUUUCCGAGGGAGAGGCGAUUUCCCGGCUCAAACUAGAAGACGAGAGGUUCAUGAUCCAACUCGCGUUUGCGUACCUUCAUAACAUGUCGGCAAAGGAUUGGGCGAGCAAUCGAGAACUGGAAGUGCAAUGCAACUAUGUGCAAGCAUCUAGUGGUAAGAAUAAGCGAUCGUAGAUGCUGCACUGGACAAAAAGUAUAGAUAUGCCUACGAUAUGGAAAUACCGCUGUAUCGAUAUAGUGGAGGAUAUGAUGGAGGAGAGCUGGUUAUAUUGGGACGGCACGGGUAACACAAAUACUAAGGAGGAAACAAGGUGGUCCUGUAAUGUUUUUUGUUUCCUUUUUUCCCCUUUUGUGGCCGAUUCACUAGGUUAGAUCAUGCAGCCCAAUUCAACUGCUAUUCGGUAAUUAGGGGUACUUCUACAGCACUGAGUCUGCUAGCCUUGGAUACUUGCCUAGGUAUGUCACAUGUCGAAGAUGCAACGACAUUGAAGUCAGGACAUUGAAUUCAAGACAUGGAGAGAAUAAGAAAAGGGGUCAGCCCUACGGGCGGCAGAAGAAGAUUCUAGAUCUGGACGCUAAUUACCGAUUGGG